GAGAAGACGUUGCUGGAAGUGGCAGCAGAGGAGAGCAACCCACAUAGAUCACAUGACCACACCAAUGAGGACGGAGGAGGACCGGAGUCACAUGACUGAGAAGAUACUAAACCUCACCCUGGAGAUCAUCUACCUGCUGACCGGAGAGAGUUUUCCACCUGUAAAGUCUGGAGAUCAUAUCACUAUCACAGUGUCUUCACCUCACACCUUGUUACUCAAGAAAAACAGCGAACAGAAGAUUCUAGAAGUCACCAUGAAGAUGAUGGAGCUGCUGACAGGAGAGAGUGGAAACCAGAAUGAUUGUAAAAUUGAUGUUAAAGAAGAUAUCAAAGAUGAGGAAGAAGUGAUGGAGGAAUCAGAGUUUUCAAAAGGACACAAAGAUCUGUACCAGAACACCAUGGUGGACUCGUCCAGCUACAGGAACCCACCAGAGAGAUGUCCCCGUCCUCUGUAUUCCUGGGAUUCCACACAGGAAGGUCACACCAUCCCUCACCAUCAUCAGGGUGGAAACCUUGGGGAGUAUAAUGUUGUUGUUAAAGAAGAGUAUAAAGAAGAGGAUGAGGAGUAUGGAGUGAUGGAAGAGCUUUCUGUAGGACACAAGGAUAUUUUGAUGGAGUCACCUAAUUAUAGAAACCCACCAGAGAGAUUUCCCCGUCCUCUGUAUUCCCGGGAUUCCACACAGGAAGGUCACAUCAUCCCCCACCAUCAUCAGGGUGAAGAUCUGAUGAAUAUGAAAGUUGAGGGUGAAGUAGAAGAGACGUAUGUGAGGGAUGAUCAGCAAUAUACGGAGGAGGCUGGAGUGAUGAGGACAUUCAAAGAGGAGGACACUCCUACAGAGAUCAGCACAGGACACGUCAUCAAGAAAUCCUCAAAGGAUCUUCUCACUUUAUCUCCAGGCUAUGAAAUGGAAGAUGAGGACAUCACAAGAGAUUGUGCAGGAGAAAAGACAAUGAGCUCCGCUAUGGAUGGAGGACUUCACAGUGUGGAUAGAUCGUCAAAUCCCUCUGACUCUGAGCAACCUCGUACUGUGAGGGAUGGUGCCGGAAUUCAGGGGGAGGAGAAAUUUUCCUGUCCUGAUUGUGGGGAAAGUUUUAGCUCCUUGUCCCAUCUUUACACGCAUCAGAGGAUUCACACGACAAAUAAGCCUUAUUCCUGCUCUCAAUGUGGAAAAUCUUUUCCAAAUAAAUACAAACUUGUUAGACAUCAGAGAUCUCACACGGGGGAGAAGCCAUAUUCCUGUCCUGAGUGCGGAAAAUGUUUUCCGGAGAAGUCCAAGCUUUACAGACACCACAAGGUUCACACGGGUGAGAGGCCGCAUUCCUGUCCUGAGUGUGGGAGGCGCUUUUCGCAGAAAUCAGACCUUGUUAAACAUCAGAGAUCUCACAUCAUGGUGGAGACAUCCAGCUACAGAAAAUCACCAGAGAGAUGUCCCCGUCCUCUGUAUUCUCAGGAUUCCACACAGGAAGAUCACACCAUCCCCCACCAUCAUCCGGGUGAAGAUCUGAUGAACGUGAAAGUUGAGGGUGAAGUAGAAGAGACGUAUGUGAGGGAUGAUCAGCAAUAUACAGAGGAGGCUGGAAUGACGAGGACAUUCAAAGAGGAGGACACCCCUACAGAGAUCCGCACAGGACACGCCAUUGAGGAACCCUCAAAGGAUGGUUCCACUUUAGCUCUAAGCUGUAAAAUGGAAGAUGAGGACAUUACAAGCGAUUGUGCAGGAGAAAAGACAAUGAGCCCAGCUAUCGAUGGUGGAAAGAAGCCAUAUUCCUGCUCUGAUUGUGGCAAAUGUUUUCCACAGAAAUCAAAACUUGUCAGACAUCAAACAUGUCACACGGGGGAGAAGCCGUUUUCCUGCGCUGCGUGCGGAAAACGUUUUCCAGAGAAGUCCAGUCUUCAAAGACAUGAGAGGAUUCACACGGGGGAGAAACCGUUUUCCUGUCCUGAGUGCAGGAAAUGCUUUUUACAGAAAUCAGACCUUGUUAAACAUCAAAAGUCUCACACGGGGGAGAGGCCGUAUUCCUGCCGUGAGUGUGGGAAAAGUUAUAUACAUAAAUCGGUCUUUGUUAGACAUCAAAGAUCUCACUUGGGGCUGAAGCCGUAUUCCUGUCCUGUGUGUGGGAAAUGUUUUUCACAGUCAUCCCAUCUUCGUGUACAUCAGUGGAUUCACACAGAUGAGAAGAUAAAUCAAAGAUCAAAGGUGGCGCCAACCAACUACAAAACUCCACCAGAAAGAUGUCCUCGUCCUCUGGAUUCCACACAGGAAGGUCACACCAUCCCUCACCAUCAUCAGGGUGAAGAUCUGAUGAAUGUGAAAGUUGAGGGUGAAGUAGAAGAGACGUAUGUGAGGGAUGAUCAGCAAUAUACGGAGGAGGCUGGAAUGACGAGGACAUUCGUAGAGGAGGACACUCCAACAGAGAUCAGCACAGGACACGCCAUUGAGAAACCCUCAAAGAAACCCUCAAGCUGUAAAAUGGAAGAUGAGGACAUCACAAGAGAUUGUUCAGGAGAAAAGACAAUGAGCUCAGCUAUGGAUGGAGGACUUCACAGUGUGGAUAAACCAUCAAAUUCCUCUGACUCCGAGCAACUUCAUACUGUGUGGGAAGGUGCCGGAAUUCAGGGGGAGGAGAAAUGUUCCUGUCCUGAAUGUGGGGACAGUUUUAAUUCUUUAUUCGACCUUUACAUGCAUCAGAGUACUCACAAGAGGAAAAAUCUCUAUUCCUGUCCUGAGUGUGGGAAAUGGUUUUCAGAGAUUUCCAAUCUUUACAAGCAUCACAGGAUUCACUCUAGAGAUAAGCCGUAUUCCUGCUCUGAAUGUGGGAAAUCUUUUCCACAGAAAUCAAAACUUGUCCGACAUCAAACAACUCACACGGGGGAGAAGCUUUAUUCCUGUCCUGAGUGCGGAAAAUCUUUUCCAGAGAAGUCCAGUCUUCACAGACAUCAGAAGAUUCACACAGGGGAGAGGCCGUUUUCCUGUCCUGAGUGCGUGAAAAGUUUUUCACAGAAAUCAGACCUUGUUAAACACCAAAGGUCUCACACAGGGGAGAGGCCGUAUUCCUGCACUGACUGUGGGAAAUGUUAUCUACAUAAAUCAGACUAUGUUAGACAUCAAAGAUCUCACACGGGGGAGAAGCCGUAUUCCUGCACGGAGUGCGGUAAAAGUUUUUUGGAAAAGUCCAGUCUUUACAAACAUCAAAGGAUUCACACGGGGGAGAGGCCGUAUUCCUGUCCUGACUGUGGGAAAACUUUUUCACAGUCCUCCCAUCUUUACGUACAUCAGAGGUCUCACACAGAGGAGAAGCAGUAUGCCUGUCCUGAGUGCGGGAAAUGUUUUUCGCAGAAGUCAGCCCUUGUUAGACAUAAAAGUUCUCACACAUUUAAGAAGCAGCGAUCCUUCCGUGAGUAAGGGAAAAAAAAUUUCGCAGGUGUCUCAUCUUCACAGACAUUGGAAGGGUGAGGGAAAUGUUUUUUUUUUACAGAAAUUAGUGCUUGAUAGACAUCAAAGAUCUCACAGAGGGUAGA